AUGACCGACUCAGUGGUUGGCAAAAUAGCGUCUAUUUCGCUGAAAGAUUUUGUCACGUACGACUCGGUUGUUCUGUAUCCGGACGACUAUCUGAAUAUAAUUCUCGGACCAAAUGGAACAGGCAAAUCAGCUAUCGUUGCCGGUAUCGUGCUCGGAAUGGGUGGUAACUGCAAGCUGCUUUCCCGAUGCGACAAUAUCGACAGCUACAUAAAAAAUGGGAAGGAAAGUGCCACAAUACGGAUCUCGAUUUAUUGCAACGGAGAGCGUGGAGUCCAGUGGUUCAGCCGUUCGUUCAAUCACGACCGUGUGAAUACGUUUAAAAUCGACGAUAACGUGGUUUCCCAUCAGGCGUACCUGCAGAAGAUCCGUGCCUUCAACAUCCAGGUGGACAAUCUGUGCCAAUUCUUACCGCAGGACCGUGUGCAGGACUUUACCAAGAUGAAUCCACGCGAGCUACUGAUAAACACCCAAUCCUCCGUCUGUGCGACGGAGGUGCAGGAAUGGUUUAAGGAGCUGAAGGAAAAGCGUGCGCUGCAGCAGAAAUGUGAUGCCCAGGUUUUGUUGGGAACUGACCGCGUCCGGGAGAUGGAAGCUCGUUUGGCGGAUCUAGAGCAACAGCUGGAAACGUUGCAUGCACGGGAAGAGUUCCAGCAGCAAAUAGACAUCUGCCUGGCUAGGAAGAUAUGGUUGGAGUACGAGGAACUGUACUUGCAGUACACGGCCAUACUGAAGGAUUUAACGAUAGCUAAAAAAAUGCACGACGACAAGGAACUCGAGUACAACAAGUGCAAAGCGGACAUGGAAACAAUAAUGGCUCGCAAGCAGCAGCUCGAAAAUUCAAAAGCAGCUCAAGUGUCGAUCGCCCAGCGCUGCACAUCCGAUAUAAGACGUCUGGAAGAAAAAAUGGAACGGCUAGAAGACAGCACCGCUAAGCAAAAGCGCGACCUGACGGACGCACUGGCAAAGGCACAGGAGCAAAAGUCCGAGCUGGAGGAAGCGAAGGUCGUGCUAGCUGCCUUUGUGCAAGAUUGUGCCGAUGCAUUGGCGGCAGUUGGUUCGGAAGAAGAAGUGCGGCAAAAGAUUUCCGAUCUCUUUGGGCAGGAGAGCAAAAUCCGCGAGGAGGACGAUUUGCUGAGGAAACGCCAUCAGAAGUUGAACCAGAAAAUUGAAACCGAUCUAAAGCCAGAAAUGAUAAACCUUGAGCGUAACAUCGCGACUAUCGAAGACGUGGCCAAUACAAAGUUGAAGAUCCUCCAAACACGCUUCGAAGGUACGUACCGGGCUGUGCUGUGGUUGCGCGAAAAUGAGCAUCUUUUCCAAGGGAAAAUUUAUGAACCGAUGGUGCUGGAGCUGAACGUACCGAACUUGACGAAUGUUCCGUUUCUAGAGAAUACGAUCGGUGUGCGCGAUUUGAUUGCUUUUACGUGCGAAAACACGGAAGAUAUGAAUCUGUUCCUAAGGAAAACGCGGGAAGAAAUGAGAAUCGAGGGUGUCAAUGCGAUCCAGAGUGAUCCGGCUGAUCGGCUGCAUUAUAAGCCCCGGUAUCCGAUCGAUAGUUUGAAGCAGUUUGGCUUUCAUACCUAUUUGAUCGACAUGCUGGAGGCACCGUUUCCGGUUUUGAAUGGGCUGUGUAAGCUUUACGGGUUGCAAAAUAUACCCGUCGGAGGGGCUGACUCGGCAAAGCACGUUUCUUCGCUGCCGGAUGAGAUUGCGGUGUUUUUUACACCGUCUCAUCGCUUCCAGGUCUCGAAAUCACGCUACACUGGUGAAAAAUCAACCCGUAGCGAUGCGUUGACGGCGAAACAAUUGCUAAACCGAUCGACGGACCAUGCACUGCUCGCUCAGAAGCGUCAACAGUUGCUGUGCUUGGUACGGGAGUGUGACAAGAUCCGCAACGCUCGUGGACAAAUCGAAAGUAACAGCAAGAAGUUGCAGGAACGCUGUACGAAGAUUCAGCAGGAGAAGCGAGAACUUCAGGAACAUCUUCAAAAAUCUAAGCAAGCGAAAGUGAAAGUGAUGCGACAAGAGCAAAGAUGUACCGUACUGACCGCUCGACAGAUAAACGUCGAUGAAGAGCGUUCCAAGUAUGAAAGAUCUUGUAGUGCCAUCAUCAAACAGCUGCUGGAAGAACUUGGGCGCAGGAUCGAAGCGUUAGAACGGUACGCUGCAGCGGUCCGGGAGCAUGAGCUGCUGGAACAUCGCAUUCGGAUCUUUGAGCAGUGUAACAACGAUCGGGAGGCAAACUUCCGCGUGCUUGAGGAUGCGUACCAGUCAGCUCAGAAAACGUUGGCAAACGUUAAAAAAAAGCUAGCCGAUGUUAAGGAGAAAACCUCGAAGAAAAACAACUCUGCGCGUGCACUGACACAAAACAAAACACCAGAUAAGCCGGAUUUCCCGUACAAGCAAGAAUUUGCCCAACUUCCAUCCACGAUUGAGUCACUCGAUAAGCAUCUGGAAGAAUUGCGCGUACGGUUCGAGUGUUUGCCGCAAGGCAAUCAGCAGGCGGUUGCCGAGCACGAACAGAUGCAGCAACUAUUAGUGCAGCUACGGUCCGGUGUUGCCAAUACGGAGCAGGAAAAGGCCUCGCUGGAGCAGGAUAUGGCCGAACUACACGAACGCUGGUACCCGGAGAUACAGCGCGUGGUGCUAAAUAUUAAUAAGAAGUUUUCACACUUUAUGGGCUCGAUGGGAUUUGCCGGUGAGAUUGAGCUGAUACGACAGGUUGAGCGUGAUUACGAUGAGUAUGGCAUCCGGAUCCACGUGAAGUAUCGCAACGAGGAAAAGCUGAGCGCUCUCGAUCGGAAGCUUCAGUCGGGCGGUGAACGAGCAGUCGCCAUUGCGAUCUACACACUUUCGCUGCAACACAUGACACAGGUACCGUUCCGAUGUGUGGACGAAAUCAACCAGGGUAUGGAUCCGACGAACGAACGGAAGGUUUUCAACAUGCUGGUGGAUGAAACGUGCCGCGAAGGACAAUCGCAGUACUUCUUUGUGACUCCGAAGUUGUUGCCACGGCUCAAGUAUAACGACAAGAUGACCGUGCUGAUUGUGCACAACGGGAAGUACAUCGAGAAUCCGGACGUAUUCUUAGCGAACGGAGCGGAUGGACGGGCAUGA